GAUAUUGUACAGUCAGCUAGGUGCUUACUGUACUUACUAACAUCGUCUGAAAGACAACGGGGCGCAGCAAGUGGUGAUGUCUCAAAUCAAGAUAUGGGAGAACAGAGGCAGGGAGGUCACAGCAGUUCAGCCCUUCAGCCAGAAAGACCAUCAUUUCAAAUGAAAAUGACCAGUUAUGUGAUGCCCUCAAAGUUUUAUUUCCAAAACUGGGGACAGUUACUGGUGGGUGGCUGCUUUACAUAUCUUCAGGCGGAUGGGGUUGCCGAAAACUCUCUUGUGGCUCCUGAUGAUACUGGCUAUACAGGCAGGAUCUUGAAAGCUGCAAGCCGUGGGGGUAAAAAUCUAUUCAUAGUCCCAAUUCAAGAAGAACUCAGCACAAAUCCCCUACAACUAACUGAUGAAGCAUUCAGUAGCAUGCCAAAAGCCACAUGUCAGAAGUGUGGAGUAGCAGUUCCCCUGCAUCUCCUAACAGAACACAUCAAGUCUUGUGGUGUCAUUGAUGUUGGCAGUGAUGAUAACCUGGAUAGCGCAGCUAUGCAGCAGUGUCCUGUCUGCACAGAAAUGUUUCCCACUGACUUUAUUGAGGUACACGCUUCUUCAUGUGGGGAAAGUGCAGGAAAUGAGGUGAUGCAUGAAAGUACUGUAAAUGAGGAAGAGCAAGCAGCAAUGCCUGGACCAUCCGGAACUUGUGUAACAGUUACAGAUGGCUGGUUAACUAUCAGUGACCCUACCAAGGCCAUAUCUCAGUGUGCAAAUAAUUUUUGCCAUAUUCUUGAAAUGGAGAGUCCCUUACUUCUCAGCAUGGAUAUCAGAAGUCGUCUUGCUGAACAGGACAUGGCCCUUAUCUCCUUUUACAAGCGACCUAAUGUGGAAUGGGCACGACCCCUGAAUUGCAGACUUGAAGAGGACCAUGCCUGUCGGGACUCAGCCCUGCUGUUGUUCAUGUCCUGCUUGGUGUGAGUCCUGAAACUGCAACUGUUCUACUGGAGGACUGUCCAGACUUGGACAUCAGAGAAACAAUCAGGCUUCUUGAAGGGGAAUCCAAAACCUCCAAUAAGGAUAAAAUAAGUGUCCAGGACUUGGCCUAUGCCUGGGACCUCCCUUCUCUGACUGAGAACAACAGGAAAUGGCUUUUUGAGAAGCUAUUGAUCCAUGCUGUAAUCGGACAUGUCACAAGACAAAUCAAGCAGCUGAGACGAGGUCUUAAAGAAACCCCAAUGUGGACCGUGCUGACCCAACGACCUGACACAGUGGCCUUGCUUUUUUCCCAAAAGAGGGAUUUUUUUGUUGAUAAUUUCAUUUGUUGUAGCCAUUUAUUUAAUCUACUCCAUAGCAACACCAACUGAACUGACCGAUCUGGUCAAAUUCUGGACUGGAUGGGAGAUUCUCCCAACAAGUCUCUCUGUAGAGGUAGUCAUGGGCAGAUACCCCACAGCCUCCAAUUGCUAUGAGACCUUGCGCAUCCCAGAGCAUUACAAGGAUUACACAUCUUUUAAGAUUGAUAUCCUGGACUGUAUUUGCACUUCUCAGACAGGAUUUGGUCUUGUGUGAGAGUGACAUCUUGGCCUGUAUUUGCACUUGCCAUACAAGAUUUGAUCUUGUACUAAAAGAUGUUGCUGUAACAUUUAAGCUUGCUAGCUGUUAAAAGUGUUCUGUUAAAAAUGUGAACGUUUAAGAGUUGUUGGCUGAAUUGUUAUACUUGUAAAACUGAACAGAACUGUCACUUGAGAGGGAGUACUUCACACAGAUUCUCCAGAACAUGCUCUGGGAGAUUCCCAGCCCUCCUUACUCUACCAAAUGAACACACCUGAUUAGUUAAGUGACAUUGCUUAAGUAUGCAUGUUUCUGGCAUACGUUUCACAUCAAGUUUAAAAUGUUCCUUGUAAACAAUCUCUGCACUCAAAUAAUUUAAGCAGGAGUUAAAAGUGAACUUGACUGUACUGGUUUUAUUUUCUCAGACUGUUACAGCUGAAGGGGAUGAAAGCCCUUUGCAGUAUUAUAAAACAUCUGUUAAUCUCAGUUUUUGGCACAAAUUUGACAGAUUUGAAGUUUAAAAUGUUCCUUGUAAACAAUCUCUACACAAAUAAACCAUUCAAG